AUGGUUACAGAUACGAAAAGCGACAAUAAGCAAGGCGGACACAUUGACUUACCGAAUUUUAAUGGAAUACGCUGGUGGGCGUUAUUUGGUGCUGUUUGCUUGGCAACUCUCUGUACACGCUUUUACAAAGUAACAGAACCCGAUCAUAUAUGCUGGGAUGAAACACACUUUGGUAAAAUGGGCAGCUGGUAUAUAAAUCGAACAUUUUUUUUCGACGUGCAUCCACCAUUAGGGAAAAUGCUGAUUGGGCUAUCUGGUUAUUUGACCGGUUACAAUGGAAAGUUUGCAUUCGAAAAACCUGGCGACAAAUAUAAUGAGACCCGUUAUCAAGGAAUGAGAUAUUUCUGCACUACCCUCGGUGCAUUGAUAAUUCCAAUUGGAUUCGAUACGGUCUAUGAUUUGACAGGAUCAAACGAGGCAGCUCUGUUAGCUGCUGCUUUCUUAGUUUUUGAUGUUGGACUGCUAACUCUUAAUCAGUAUAUUCUGUUAGACCCCAUUUUGCUCUUCUUCAUGAUGGGCUCCGUUUGGGGCAUGGUAAAAAUAACAAAGGCUACAGCCAGAGGGUUAUCAUAUACAUGGAAGUGGUGGUUCUGGCUCUGGAUCACGGGCACAAUGUUGGCAUGUACUAUAAGUGUAAAGUUUGUUGGGUUAUUUGUGGUCCUUCUGGUUGGAUUACACACUGCAAGUGAAUUGUGGUUUAUACUUGGAGACCUUAGGCAACCAAUAAUCGAGACGCUUAAGCAGACAACUUGCCGUGCUUUUGCAUUGAUUCUUUGGCCGAUUUUUCUCUACACAGUCUUCUUUUACAUCCACUUGAGGGUUCUCAACCACAGCGGAAAUGGCGAUGGUUUUUACAGUUCUGCUUUCCAGUCUCAACUUGUUGGAAAUUCAUUGUACAAUGCUAGCAUGCCGCGCGAUGUAGCUUUUGGCGCAGUUGUAACAAUUAAAAAUCAUAAAACAGGAGGCGGAUAUUUACAUUCUCAUUUCCAUCUCUAUCCGAAGGGAGUGGGGGCCAGACAGCAACAGGUUACAACAUAUACUCACAAAGAUGAUAAUAACAAAUGGCUUAUUAAGUCGUAUAAUAAAUCCUCAGGCCGGGAACCACAGCUGGUUCAACACGGCGAUCUAAUCCGACUAGAACACUUGACAACCCGGCGCAAUUUACACUCACAUAAUGAGCCAGCACCCAUGACCAAAAAGCAUUUACAAGUUACUGGCUAUGGAGAGUCUGGUAUGGGAGAUUCUAACGACAUUUGGCGUGUUUUCAUCAUUGGAGGGAAAGCAAAUGACACCAUUCAGACGAUAACAUCAAAGUUGAUCUUUGUGCACUACCUUCAAAACUGUGCACUAACAUCAAGUGGUAAACAACUUCCAAAAUGGGGAUUUGAACAGCAGGAAGUGACCUGUAACCUAAACAUCCGUGAUAAAAAUGCCCAAUGGAAUGUAGAGGGCAAUCAACACUUCAAACUUCCAAGUGUAAAUUUCAGUGCAUACGCGCCUGGUUUUUUUGACCGCUUCUUUGAGUCUCACGCGGUCAUGUUACAGGGUAACGCUGGGCUUAAGCCCAAGGAUGGAGAAAUUACAAGUCGACCUUGGCAAUGGCCCAUUAACUAUCGAGGACAAUUUUUUUCUGGCAGUACUUACCGAAUUUACCUUCUCGGAAAUCCAAUAAUAUGGUGGACCAAUUUAGUGUUCUUGAUGUUGUUUAUCUACGUUUUCCUUUGUAAUACUAUUACGGAACGUCGAAAAGGCCAUGAUGGAGUUUCACUUCCUUAUACCAUACAAAAAAUGAGAACGCGCUCUUUGAAAGCAGCUUCGUGGCUUUUUGUGGGGUGGCUGAUUCAUUAUUUGCCAUUCUGGGCUAUGGGCCGUGUACUUUAUUUCCACCAUUAUUUUCCGGCACUCAUCUUUAAUUCAAUGCUUUCUGGAGUAAUGUUCAAUUAUAUGAUAAAACAAUUAGAAAGGUGGAUGCAACACGUUUUGUUCGGUAUUUUUUUAUCCAUGGUCAUCUACAGUUUUUUAUUAUUUUCACCCUUGGCUUAUGGAAUGAAUGGACCCUUUGCUAAUGAACCUAACUCGACUAUGCACAGCCUUAAGUGGCUUUCUUCGUGGGAGUUCUAAGUAAAAUAAUUAUUAUAUUAUAUUAUAUUAUGUAUGUUUGGUCCAGCAGUCAACGCAUCAUAAAUCAUAAAAUUGUAACUUAAAGUUUGAGUAGCAUUGCUCUGCGCAGCAUGAGUGUUUCUUAACGUAGUUAUCACACCACACUUGUUUGUUUGUACGCACUCAGCUACUUUCGUUGUUCUUUCUUUUGCUCAUUUGCCUUCUGCACAGAUUUAAUUAUGCUGCUGCAGUUUGUGCACAGUCAGUUGAUAUUUCGUCUUCAAAGAAGCAAGUUGCUAUUUCGUCGUUUUGGAAGUCAGCUGUCGUUGCUACUUCACCUAUUUCUUUGAACAGUAUCGAACUCGGCAGCGCGUGGCAAUACCCUUUUCGUUUUCGUAUAUGUAUAUUGUGUCUGGCUCGAGCGCACGGCCAUCGAAGGGCCGCUUGCAUCGCACACAAUAUAAAACAUUUAAUAAACGCGCCUGCAACCGCAUUUGAAUUUUGAA